UAAAAAUUGGCAGUUAUUCUUUUGUUAUGCACGUUUACUUCGCGUUGGUGUUAUUACCGAUAUUCUUAAACUUGCUUGUAUGAAACUGUGUCAUACGGAGCAAAUCCAUCUUUCUUUUGUUUAUAAAUAACCUGUAACCGGAACAAGCUUUCUGCCCCACACCGUCUGUAGGUGCGCGAACGCCGCUCGGCAGUCUCUCUGCGACCUCCGCAACGCGCGCAAGCGUACAAGCUCCGCUAACAAACAAAACAUUUCUUAUCUCAAGUAAACAAAUAUGAUCGCGUGAACAUGUCGUUCUGUAGAAUUACUGGCCGCAGCCGCGGGCUGCCCAAGCCGCACUACUUCCCGGUCCUCGCUCCGAUCUCCCCUGCGGACGCCAAGCGAUGCUGCAGGAUCACCGGCAAGUCCUACGGACUGCCUUCUCAUCACUACAUUCCAGUGCUUCUGACCGCCCGCUCUGGCAGAAAGAAGUGCAAAAUCACUAACGUCUCCGGCGAACUCGGCCCGCACCACUACGCUCCAGAAAUCAACUACGGCAACAGAAAACAUGACAUUCUACCGGACUUCCGAUAUAUUUUCCCCGUAUUGGACGGCUCGACGGAUGCGCAAAAGGCUUUAAUGGAUAUGCUGCUGACGAAACAUGUUAAUGACGACAAACGUUAUGUGUAUACCGUACAAGAAAGAAGAUGCAGUUUAGUAUUCUCCGCUCAAAUGGAGCAGGCAGUACGCGACGGCGAUGUUAGAGACGUGAUGUUAGCGAAAGAUUCGGACACAGUGCUAAUAAAAACGAAACAGGGCCGCAGUGUUUCCAUGGACUUUAAGGAUUUCACAGAAGAUGUUGAAAUGUAUGAAGGUGAAGGGCCUAAUGCAGAGGUGCUGUUACAAAGGGAAAAGGAAGAAUUAGAGGAAAGAAAAAAGAAGAGAAAACGUGCCGCUGGAUUAUCUUCAAUGAAGAAAAUAUUUGAAAACAAAGAAAAACUGGCUGAAGUACAAGAGCUGGAAGAGGAAAAGCAGAGGCAAGAACGUCUCGCCAAAAAGGCUAAAUUAGACACAAAACACGAAAAGCAUGACAUAAAAAGCUUCAGUUGUAACAAUUUUGAUGUGAGCCACAUGCGUUCUAAGUCCAGUAUAGUUAGUUGCACCGCCGAGUGGACGGAGCGAAUGCAUCCGUUAAUAGAAUCAUGGGACUGGGAGCUGUUUGAGAAGGAAGCUGGUAAUAAACAAGUAAUGCCAACGGCAACCCAAUUGCCGACACCUGUUAAAAUAACCCCAUACCACUGCGAAGCUGAGAUUUAUGAGUCUGAACAAAAUAUUAGCGAUGUGUCAAUUCCGCUGGAAAGUGUACCGUGUGUGAAUCCCCUUAAAGUUCCAAAGGAACGUCCGUCCGAAAUAAUCCUAAAUGCAGUGAAAGAAUUAAGCGAGGAGCGUUUGAAUGAAACGAUGAAUAUCGAAGAGAAAUUACUCUCUGAAAACAAGGUUGACAUGCUUCCGUCGUUGGAUAUAUUACCGGAUGUUAUUAAAAAUAUAAAGAAGGGCAAGAGAGAAAAAAUAGCUAAAGUUUCUGGUUUGACGAUAGACAUAAACAAAGCGAAAAAGUUUAUCCCCGGACAACAUGUCAAUACACCACAAGGCCCAGUAUUUGUUCCGGGCCAGACUGUGGAAACUCCAGUUGGUCCCUUGUUUGUUCCUGGCCUUAGUGUGAAUACGCCCGAUGGCCCAGGGCUUAUACCGGGACAUAUUGUCACAAAUGAAAAUACCAACGAACCUUUCUUCCUCGCGGGGCAAGUGCUGCAAACUUCGAAUGGAGAGGAAUUCGUAUGUGGACAAGUAAUGAAAAAUAAAGAUAAUGACCACCGCUUUACAGAAGGCCAAACAGUUGUAUCCGAAGAAGGCUUGAAAUUUGUACCAGGGAAAGUUCUACAUAGCGGCUCUCAAGAAAUAUUUGUACCUGGCCAAACGAUAAUGACUCCGGAAGGUGUUCAGUUUAUUCCGGGACAAACUAUGACUGACAGCAAAGGAGUUAUUUUUACACCUGGACAAAACGCAAAGAUAAAUAAUGACUGGCAGUUCGUGCCAGGACAGGUGGUGCAUCAAGAUGAUGGAUUGCAGUUUGUGCCUGGAGCAACAAUAGCGACACCAAACGGACUGAAGUUUGUACCGGGUCAAACCGUUUCCGUUGACGGUGAAACGAUCUUUGUACCUGGUAUCACAAAAACAACAAGCAGCGACAGUUUACAAUUCGUUCCGGGUACCACAGUGGAAACAAUCGAUGGACCGAAAUUUAUUGAAGGUCAAAUAGUGCACACCGAAUAUGGAGAAAAGUUUAUGCCCGGAAAAACUAUAGUGGAAACUAAUGGGCACGUGGAGUUUUCAGUUGCAAAGUCCGUGGAAGAUAUCACGUUCUCAGAAUCUGCUCCUACUGGAUUACCAAUCGAUAUCAAGACAUGCUCGCUGUCUGAGGAGUCCUUGUAUGUUUUUGGUCACAUGGUUCAAACAGCGAAGGGUAUCGAAUUUUACCCCGGCCCAAGAAUGCCGAAUAUUGAUGGCAAAGUCGUCCCCGGUCGGCUCAUUAAAAACGAAUUAAACCAGUCACGCUUCGUUCCCGGAAUGAUGGUAGAGGGUGUUUUUGUACCCGGUCAAAUAGUAUUUACUGAAAACGGAGAACAAUUUGUCCCUGGCCAAGUGGUUGAUACUAGCGAUGGACCCAAAUUUGUUCCUGGGCAAGUAGUAAAUACAAGAAAUGGCCCUAAGUUUGUUCCAGGGCAAACUAUUCAUACAAUCGAUGGGCCCCGUUUUGUACCAGGACAAAUUAUUGAAACGAAGGCUGGUCCCACUUUUAUACCUGGCCAAGUUAUUUCCACGGAAGAUGAAGGUUCAAGGUUUGUUCCUGGUCAAGUGGUUGACACUGAAGAAGGACCCAGAUUUGUUCCCGGAAGAGUUAUUGAAACUGAUGACAACGGAGUCACAUUUGUGCCUGGACAAAUUGUUCAAACUCCUGAAGGACUCAAAUUUAUUGCCCCUGAUCUAACAGAAGGCGAAGAAGGUCUUGAAUUCUCCGUACAAAGCUUUGUUGUCACUCCAGAGGAGUUGAAGUUACUGAAAGUAAAAACGAAUCCAAAUGAUACCACUUCAACUAAAGGAGAGUUGAGUAUUGAUACCAAGAUGUUAAGACAGCUUUCUGAAGCAGGAAUGUCUAUUGGAAGGCAAGUACCAGCAGAUUUACCUGCUAUCAGUGUAAUUUUAAACCACACGCGUAACGUAGAAGCCUUGAAGGCAUUUGUUACUGAUUAUGGCCUUAAAGAUGAAAUAGCAAACCAAUUGAUGGAUGUGAUUACGUCAAUCAUUGAAAUGAGUGCCCAUUUGAAAUCUGAAUUACACGAAAUUGACGAAGAAAAAAUAAAUGACAGAAAGAGUAGAGUUAAUAAGAAAAGAUUAGAAAUGCAGGAGACUGGAUAUGUUGGUGGUAAUGGCCAAAGUGCACAGCAAGAACAUGUUAAAAAUUCUAUAGCAGCAGCAGUCUUGGCUGCUCUAGUCACUGCUGAACAAUUCGAAGAGGUAAACAACAAUAACGGCAGGGAAAAGUAUAAAUUAAUCUUAAAAUCUAUUGAUACCAUUUUAGGAAAAACCAUAGACGAAGACUUAGUUUCUGCUAUGUUCGAAAUUUUACAAAAAAAUGAAGACAAAGAAUUCUUGUGUGAGGAAAUAUUGGAAAAUACAACACAACCAAAAGUAGAAUUGAUCAAAAUUGCAAUUAAUAGCUCCUUACAGAAAAAUGCGAUCAGUGAAGAAGAAAUCAUUGAGAAAUUCGGUGAUUUCCUAAGCAGUGAACAUGAAGUUUUAGGACCGGCUUUCAAGAAUAUCACUAAAAACGACACAAAUAUCUUACACCAUGUUUUGAGUCAUAUUUCAGACUCAAUCUCGUUUAUAAAAACUGAACAUGAAGCCGCAGAGACACUCCAAAAAGCUAUUGUAUCUGCCGUACAAGAGGCGAGUGCAAAGGAAUUAGAAAUUUUAAUAAAUGAUACAGAAAGUAAAAAUUUAAAAGAAUUAAUAGUUCAAUCUGUUGGUUUGGCGAAAAUUCUCGGAAUGCGCGAUGUAGCCGCUAGUCUCUUGUCAGUUGCGAACGACGAACAAUGUUUAUCUAAAAUAGCAAGCGACCCAACAAGUCUAAACAUUUUGAAACGCCUGACAGUCAUGCGGAAACUCGCAGACAAAACACCAAGCUUACACUCGGCUUUAAAGAAAUUGGAGACUGACCCAGAACUGGCUCGAACAGAUCCCAAACUACGGGAUCUGGUGAGAGAAAGUGGUGCGCUUAUGAUCGUUCCUGAGGAGCCUGCUUUGAUGACAUCGGCAGAUGUGCCUUUGAGUUUGCUUGAUCCCGAAAAUAGCUUGGCCAUGGAAGAUUUCCUUUUGCAACAUAAAAAGCAUAAAGGGGCUUUGUUAAUAAUGAAAAGAGGUCUCCAAUGUGUGAUUCCCAGAGAAGCUAGCCGAGCUGUAUUGUCAGGACAAGUAGGUUACACAGUUCUUGACGAAAGUGGAAUAAGGCAUUUCGAGCCAUUAAGCGUCUUUUCAGCCUUAAAUUUGAGUCAACCUACAGCACACCGUUUUUCCAUGUACAGCUGUCUUAUCGCUGAUAAUCAUGAGGACGAUUCAGAAGACUUAACGGGAUACUGUAAUGGUAUAACCAAUAACCAACGGAUUAGAUUAGGCGGAUGGUCAAGCGGGAGUCGCAGAUACAGCGGAGUUUUACUCGAUAGAGAAAACACUAGGAGUCGGAUGAGUAGUUUGGAUUACACACCAAGUUACAAACGCUACCCCUCGAGAUCUCUCUCAAGGUCGAGAUCUAGUUGUAGCAGAAGUCCUCCUAAGGUCGAAGACGUAGUGGUAGCCACGACAGACUACACGGCUUCAGCCGACGACGAAGUGUCUCUAAAAGCCGGAGAUAUUGUAGAAGUUCUCGACACAAAGGCAGCCCUCGGAUCCAAGGCACGCCUGAACGACCCUGGUCUGGACCUCAAGGUGGAACUCCUGGACUCCAGCGCAGCCAAGCACAAAGCCGCAGUCAGACCUAAGAAGAACCAUCCGAAAGGCAAGAGUGUGAAGACUGAGGAAAGAUGGAUGGUCCGAGUGCUAGAAGAUGUGGAUGCUGGCGAGAUCCGAUCUCGGCAGGGGCUGGUUCCGGCCAGGAUAUUACGAGACACAAGAGCGGCGGAGCGGGACACCACAGCAUCAGCUGCAAGACGACAAGCUGUGGUCCGCGAGCUGAUCGAGACAGAAGAGGAAUUCGGCCGAGACAUCCAGCAAGUUGUCUCCCAGUACAUGAGACCUAUGGAAAAAGCGACAACACCCAAACCAGUCUUCGACAACAGGGAACUACUGUUCUCCAACUUUAGGCAGAUUGCCGAGUUCCAUAACACGAUACUCCUAGAAGGCAUCAAAUACUACGCGAGCGAGCCGCGCAUGCUCGGCCGAGCCCUCCUGCGCAUGGAGCGCGAAUUCGACAAGCACGUCGCGUACUGCCGCGACGAGCCGCGCGCGCAGCAUCUGCUCGCCAACGAUCCUGAGGUGGCCAAGUACUUCCAGGAUCUAGCUGACGACCUCGGUGACGACAAGGGCAUCACCGAGCAUCUGAAGCUACCGAUACAGCGGAUCAACGACUACCAGCUUCUUCUUAAGGAGUUAGUAAAAUACUCCAAACGCCUCGGCGAAGAUUGCACGGACCUCCAGAAAGCUCUAGAACUUUUCCUCGGCGUCCCCAACCGCGCCACCGACAACAAGUUUAUUGCGAGCAUCGAAGGUUACCGUGGUAACAUCUUCAAGCUUGGCCGACUUCUCACCCACGACUGGUUCACCGUCACCGACUCAGACGGCAAGCAUAAGGAGCGCUACCUCUUCCUCUUCAAGGCUAGGAUUCUCAUCUGCAAGGUCAAGAGGGUAUCUGAUGAUAGAUCUGUGUUCGUGCUCAAGGACAUUGUCAAGCUACCAGAAGUCGAGGUAGACGACCUUUCAGCUGAUCCGCUCAAAUUUAAGCUUCACCAGAAAUCGCCCCCGCUCUCCGUGACUUUAGCGGCCCACAAAGAACAGGUCAAGCACAACUGGCUGAAGGAGAUCUUGCAGAAUAUCAGCGACGUCGUUGCAUUAGCCGAACACGCGGCCGAUGACUUACAACUAUUAACACCAGAAGCAGCUACUCCAGCAGAAGUAGCUUCUCCAGAAGCAGCUUCCCCGCAAGCAGCUUCUCCAGAGCCAGCUGAAGAGAAGAAGAAAAAGCGAGAGCACGCUAAAGACGCUAAAGCAGCUGAGGUCCAAGAAAAACGAUCUAAAGUUGAAGCUGAAAAGCAGUCUAAGGUCGAAAAUAUAGAAGUUGAAGAAGUCCUCACAAAAGAGCAAUCUCUUCAACAACUAAAAGCCAAGAGAAAGGCAUCUUUAGAAAGCGAGGUAGCUAAAAAACUUUCAAAGACCGAAACCAGCGAACUCCUUAGUGAAGUACAAGAAAUCACCAGCGCACAAAGUGAACUCACAUCAGGUUUAGAAACUAAAUCAUCUGUGAGCCACGAAAGUUCUAAAGUUAGUGAGUCAGUUAAAACUGCUAAGAAGGCGGGUAAGGCAGAGAUUAUAGAAGAAAGUGUUGAAUCAUCAGUCACUUCGAAAUCGUCUGUACGCGUGACAUCACUUGAGGAGAGUUUAAACGAAAGUGUAGUUCAAAGUUCAACUGUUCGCUCUUCAUACGAGGCGAGCUCUGAGAAGCAAUCUGCUCAAUCAUCAUCUGUCGAACAAAAAUCAUCAGUUUCGUCAGUUGAAGCUUCCAGAGUCGACCAGACGUCAUCAGAGGCGACUGUUGUCGAAAGAAAAUCUUCACUGACCUCUGCGUCACAUAAAACUUCCGAAAGGUCUGCUGCUGAGCGAAAGUCAUCGCAGGAAUCAGUAGUUUCUGCUGAACGAAAAUCAUCACAAGAGUCAGUAGUUGCCGCUGAGCGAAGAUCAUCACAAGAAUCGGUUGUCGAAAAAAACUCGUCGCAAGCUAGCGUUGAGAAAACAUCAUUACAAGCGACCACAGAUGAACAAAAAACCACAUCAUCUAGUCAUCUAGUUAAGAAAUCUGUAAUCUCAUCAAAACAGAAAUCACAAGAAUCCGUCCAAAGAACUUCUGCACAGUCUGAAGAAAAAUCAGAAGAGAAAACUAUUCGAGGUAGUGUACAAGAAGGUGCUACUGUAGAGAGUAAGGUAGAGGUAAAACAAUCGGAACAAAGAUCUGAAGAGAAAACUGUCGCUCGAGAGAGUGCAAAAGAAGGAGGAGUAGAGAGUAAGGCAGAGGUAAACGCCACCGGUGGCGUUACUACUGCUGAAGAAGGCAACGCAAACGGUCAAACUGUAGAAGAAGACGAAAUGUCGAGAUAUACCCGCAGUUCGCGGCUGUCUGGAGAAUACUCCAGCAGCUCCCGCAAGCUAUCGAGCGGGGGUCGCUACGAAUCUUCCUCCUACGAAAGCUCUGGCUACUCUCGUCGUGAAAGCGGCUCCAUCGAGGGCAGCACUCGCUACGAGUCCGCCAAGUACUCUAGCUCCAUUGAAGGAAGCAAAUAUGGCGUCGAAGGAAGCAAAUAUAGCGUCGAAGGAAGCAAAUAUGGCGCCGAAGGAAGCAAAUAUGGCGCCGAAGGAAGCAAAUAUAGCGUCGAAGGAAGCAAAUAUGGCACCGAAGGAAGCAAAUAUAGCGUCGAAGGAAGCAAAUAUGGCGCCGAAGGAAGCAAAUAUAGCGUCGAAGGAAGCAAAUAUGGCGCCGAAGGAAGCAAAUAUGAAAUCGAGUCCGAGUCCACCAGCAAACUCGACAGCAUCGCUGCCAAAUACGGCCUCGGCAAUAGCACCAGCAGGACUGAAACUUCGAUCGAGUCCAGCUACGAAACCGCCAGAAAUGGCGAAAGCAAAUACUCCAAGAUCGCCAAUGGUACUAUAAGUACCGGGGAAUACCAGUCAAGCAGGGUAAUCAAGUCCGAAUCUCAGGACGGAAAACCGGUAUUCACCAAGACUUUGGAAGGCCAGAAUAUUGAGCCCGGCGAAAAUGCCUCCUUCGAAUGCUCGCUCCGUUCUUCCGAAGCCGUUAAAAUCACUUGGCUGAAGGAUAACAAGCCUUUGACGGACCGUCUCAUGGACCGAGUGAACAUCACCAAUGAAGCCCACAAUCAUAAGUUGGAGAUUAUGCAUUGUAUGGAAGAUGAUUCGGGGACGUAUACUGCGAGAGCGGAGAAUGCUAAGGGAAACUCGCAUUGCACGGCGCAGUUGGUCGUCUCUCAGUUGACAGAUGAGGAACGCAGGGAGCGAAACGCUCUGAAUGCUCCGUACUUCAUCGUGGCGCUAAAAGAUACUGAGAUCAUGGAGAACACUUAUCUGCGCUUCAUGGUCAAAGUCAAGGGAGACCCCAACCCAGAAGUCAAGUUCUUCCGCGACGGCAAAGAAAUCAAGGCUACUUCGGAUUUCGACCGCGUCUCCAUCAUUCGCACCCGCGCUGAGAAGGGAUUCUUCGAACUGGUCAUUGCUGACGUCGUCCCUUCAGAUGCCGGUGUCUACUCAUGCCGGGCUAUGAACAUUUAUGGCGAAUGCUCUACUGAAGCCAAAGUUACCGUCGUCGAUGACAAGAACAUCUUUUUCGAACUGGCGCCUGGAGGUGAAGGGCUUCUGGCCAAAGGAGAGAAACCAAGCUUCACGUGGAAGCGAGACGGAGUGGACUUCGACCCUGAAGAGAGAUUCAAGGUGUUGCUGGGAGACGAUGAGGACUCUCUAGCGCUGGUGUUCCAGCAUGUGAAGCCAGAAGACGCUGGACUUUACACCUGCGUAGCCAAGACAUCUACCGGCAACAUCUCCUGUUCCGCUGAACUUACAGUACAGGGUGCCGUGACGGUUCUCCAACGUGAGCCUGAAAAGCCUAAACUCAUUAUCGAACACCGAGAGGCCAUCGUGUCCAUCGGAGCGUCGGCCAUGAUUGAGCUCACCUGCAAGGGCUUCCCUAAGCCCGAAAUUGUGUUCAAGAAGGAAGGAAAAGUUGUGGAAGCUGAUACUAGGCACAAGUUCCUCUACGAAGACGAUGAGACUAUGUCCAUGGUGAUUAAGAACGUGACGAGCGAAGAUGCUGGCACAUACCACGUGAUCGCCUCCAACGAGCUUGGAGAAGACACUACAACUCUACAGCUGGUUGUCAAAGCUGCGCCUAAGAUUAAGAAGAAGAUCGAAAAUCAGACUUGCAUGGUGUCAGCCACCCACACCGUGACCAUCGAAAUCGAGGGCACCCCGGCCCCAGACGUAUCCUUCUAUAAGGACGGCGUGGAGAUCAAGAGCUCGGAGCGUAUCCAGAUCGUCAAGGAGUCUGAUGAGGUCUACAAGAUCACCAUCAAGGAUGCCAAGCUGACUGAUACUGGCUCCUACUCCGUUGUAGCUAAGAACGAAGUGAAUCAAUGCAGUGACUUCUGGCAAUGGCACGUCACAUCCGCGCCCAAGAUCACCAAGAAAUUGGGCGAGACCAAGUUCUGUAACGAGAAAGAGACCGUCACCUUCAAGAUUGAGACAGAAGCGGAACCAGCACCGGAAGUUAAAUGGUUCAAGAAUAAGGUGGAACUACAAGAAUCUUCCACAGUGAAGUUUUCAUCUUCAGAGUCUGCGCACAGUCUCGUUAUCACGUCGGCUGCCAGAGCCGAUUCUGCAGAGUACUCUUGCGAGGUGCGCAACGUCCACGGCACAGUCACGGAUGAAUGUAGCCUGCGAGUGCGUGGCGCUCCCAUCUUCACGCAGAAACUCAAGGAUACAGUGGCAGCUGAAGGCGACGCCAAUGUGGAGUUAACUGUUGAUGUGGUGGCGUAUCCUGAACCUCAAGUUAAAUGGUACCUAGGCGACGUAGAAAUCUCCGAGAAGAAAUCCGUGUACAGCCGCGUAGACAACGGCAGCACGCACAAGCUGAUUCUCAAGGAGGUGACUGCGGAGCUCUCCGGGCAGUACUCUUGCAAAGUUUCCAAUGAUCUGGGUGAAGAUUCCUGCCAGGCCACGUUUACCGUGAAAAGGAAGCCCCGUAUCACCAAGAGCCUCGUCGACAUGACGGUGGACAAAGGUCAGACCCUCAAGCUUGAGGUCGAAGUAGAAGGCUGUCCAGAACCCACGGUAAAAUGGUACAAGGAUGGCAAGGAGAUCACCACUGACGCGAGAAUCAAGAUCGAAAGGGAUACCCAGAGACUGGAAAACUACAAUCUAACCGUGACAUUAGUGAAAGAAGAAGAUGGUGGCGAGUACGAAGUGAGGGCAGAGAACGAGAUGGGCGACGUAUCGUCCAAGAGCACAGUUACUAUACACACAAAGUUAAUACACACGAGACUAUCAAAGGAAAUUAUCGAAAAUGAAUUAGAAGAAGAAAUGAAAAAACCUCUCUUGGAAGAAGAUGUGGCUGAAAAACAGGCGGCGGUAAAAGAUAAAACAAAAACAGAAACGGCUGAGGAGAAAUCAUUUUGGGAUGAAGAUGAUGGUGCUAAAGCCAAAAAACCAGGAGCUACAGAAGUCGAUGAUUCCAAACCAGAGAAAGCUAAGAAAUCAGCAACAGAACCUGAAGUUGCUGAGGAGAAAUCAUUCUGGGAUGAGGACGAUGGUGCUAAAGCUAAAAAACCAGGUGCUAAAGAAGUCGAUGAUUCAAAACCAGAGAAAGCUAUGAAAUCAGCAACAGAACCUGAAGUUGCUGAGAAGAAAUCAUUCUGGGAUGAGGACGAUGGUGCUAAAGCUAAAAAAUCUAAAGCUAAAGAAGUCGAUGAUUCGAAACCAGAAAAAGCUAAGAAAUCGGUAACGGAACCUGAAGUUGCCGAGGAAAAAUCAUUCUGGGAUGAGGACGAUGGUGCUAAAGCUAAAAAAUCUAAAGCUCAAGAAAUCGAUGAUUUGAAACCAGAGAAAGCUAAGAAAUCGGUAACAGAACCUGAAGUUGCCGAGGAAAUAUCAUUUUGGGAUGAAAACCACAACGAAAAAGAAAAACAGCCGAUCAUUGAAGAGGUGGAAGAGAGCCAAGUUGGUAAGAAAGAAGUCACCAAGCCUGAAAUCAUAGAAGAAAUUCCCGUGGAAGAAGAAUUUGUGACCCCCAAAAAAGCCACAAAGGAAUCCGCUCAAGAACCUUUGAGUGCAGAAAGUGAAGGCCGCGUGUUCGAAACAGUAACAACCUUCAAGAGAGGCGAUGAUGGCAGUAUAGUUAUGUCUAAAGUCAGUAGCAGCAGGUCUCACGGCGCGAUCAUUACAGGUCCAGCCGAAACUCGAACGUUACACAAAAUGACAUCCACGGCAGUAUAUUACGAUGAUGACGACUUUAGCAGAAGGAUUAUACCUCCUAACAAACCACAUAAAACAUCUUUAGAAGUAGAGGAGAUUGCUAGUCACAGUUACUUUUUAACUGAACUUGGGCAGUUAACAAUUCCUGAUCAUGUACGUAGAGGCGUUUACGGUAUCAUUGAAGAACCAGCAACAGAUUCAGAAUGCGAGAAUAGCUCCGUUAGAGGCAGACAUCAAUCUAAUCGAACCAUGUCUAUUAGAUCUGUCUCAGAAGAUGACACUAGCUGGCAAAAUGAACCACUGUCCAGAGAAAUCUCCAUCGAAGACCUUUCUAAGUCCAUAUUCGAUAUCGAUGAAACUAGAAAAGUUUUCAGCAAAGAUUCAUACGUACGUCAAUCAUCGUUCCAAGAAGAAUAUUUCACUGAUGAUGGGGAAGAAGCCUUUGUCGUCAAGGAAACUUCACAAAAAGUCUACGAAAAUGACAUAACAGAAAGACUAAUUCAUAUUUCGAGGGAAUUUGAUGAUGAAUGUAGAAACAUUGAAAAUAAAAUUGAAGAUGUGAAAAGUAGGAUAAUGGAGGAACUAGUUCUUGCGCCCUUGAAGAACUUAGAUAACUUAACGAAAAAUGUAACAGAAACUAGUUUUGAGAGGAAGAAAAAGCAUGUUCCUAACCUUCACGCUGUAGAAGAGGAGGACGACGAACUGGAAGCGCUUUUGAGACGUAGUCAACGGCAAAGGAGUAUACUAGAUGAUAUACUUAAUCAGGAAGAUGAAAAAGCGCCCCCCAUAGUCAAAGAUAACAACUUCAAAGACCAGAGCGUGUACGAGUCUCUCCCUCUGUGCUAUACAGUCACGGCCAUCGGAGUACCUAAACCUACUGUGCGCUGGCUCCACGACGGCAAAGAAGUUAAGCCCUGCAAGCGAGUCCACAUCUCCAACGAAGGCGAUGUCUACAAACUGGAGAUCGACAGUCUCCUCAUGUCUGAUGGUGGCAAAUGGCAGUGUGAGAUCAGUAACGACGCUGGCAAGAAAGUGCUGAAGGCUGAGUUAUCUGUUGCUUCUGUCAGUGAAUUCCGCAAGCCAAUCUUCACGACGCCCCUCGAAGCCCAAAGAGUGAUGCAACGUGAGCCUGUCACCAUGAAGGCUGUCUGCACAGCCGAUCCACAACCUCAUGUGUCCUGGCUGUUGAACGGCGUGGAACUUACCCCUGAUGCUACGGUGGUAACGACCGCUGAUGCUAAGGAAACUGAGCAUGGCCUGAAGGAGUGCACGUUCACUCUUUCUAUACCCACUGGUCGCCAUUCCGACACUGGCGUCUACACCAUCCAAGCUAAAAACCAGUACGGCGUUGGUGAGAGCUCAGCGCGUCUGGACAUCUUGCUGCGCCCUGAGAUUGAGGGUCUCAAGGACAUCACUACUACGCCCUUCGAGCAGAUCACAUUCGUCGCUUGCAUCCAUGCCAACCCUAUUGCUGAGGUUAAAUGGAGCAAAGAUGGUGUCGUAAUCCUGCCGUCCGUGAAGAACAUCGAUAUCGUCGAAGAUCGUUUCACCGAGAACUUCCAGCUUACCAUCAAGAAGGUGGGAGUAGCCGAUGGCGGUAAAUACACGUUGACUGCUACCAACGAGUUCGGAGAGACAGCAGCGCACGCUACCCUUACUGUGCACACCGGAGAGCCCGUCUUCACCAAGCCCCUCCAGAAGCAAACAGUCAAGGACCAUGAAACCGUGACCCUCAAGGUCCGCUGCGACGGCGUGCCCAAGCCCGAAGUCCACUGGUUCAAAGACGGUCAGGAGAUCAAGAAUGAUGAGAGGCAUACGAUUACCACGGAGGUUGGGGGACAAGUGGAUAGCGAGCUGGAGAUUAAGGACUUUGAUUCUAGUGAUUCUGGAAAGUACAAAGUCCGCGCCGUUAGCUUAGCGGGCGAAGCGUUCUGCGAAGCUCCCAUCUCCCUUGCACAGUCCGCGCCAGGCUUUGCACACAGACUGGAAAGGCAGAAGGAUGUGGAUGAAGGCGAGCCUCUGGAACUCAAAGCCAAGUUAGAUGGCAGCCCUAUUCCCACCGCCAAAUGGUUCAAAGACGGCAUCGAGCUAUCACCCUCAGACACGCGCGUGAAGCAAGUCGCCCUACCCGACGGCACGGUCAAACUGAGCAUCGAACAAGUGACCCCUUCGGACUGCGGAGCCUAUAAGCUAGUGAUCACUAAUCCUAAUGGAGACGACUCUUCAUUGUGUGCUGUCGCUGUUAAUCCGACCCCACGCAAGCCAUCGUUUAGCAAGGAACUGGAGGACGUGAAGGCGGUGGCCGGACAGCCGUUGAAACUGGAGGCAUGCGUCAUGGCCUUCCCUGCGCCUGAAGUCAAAUGGUUCAAGGAUGGUCACCCGAUCCGUCCAUCGCAAGCGAUCAACUUCAUCAACCAGCCUGGAGGCAUAAUCGGAUUGGUGGUAGACAGCUGCAAGCCUGAAGAUGCUGGUGUCUACAGUCUGACUGUCACCAACAAGCUUGGAGACAUCAGCUCUAAGGCCAAGGUUGAGGUUGCACAGAAGGAGAAGAAGCCAGCAUUCAUUGCGGAGUUGCAACCGGCGAAGGUUAUUGAGGGCUUCCCUGUAAGAAUGGAAGUGAAAGUUCUCGGACAUCCGCCACCAACCAUCAAAUGGACCCACAACGGCAAAGAAAUCGUCCCAGACGGCACCCACAUUAAAAUCGUGGCGCAGCCUGAUGGUACCCACGCCCUGUUGAUCGACAAGGCUACCGCAGAAGAUGGCGGCGACUAUGGAGUCAUUGCUGUUAACGAUCAGGGCGAAUCUGCCAGCAACGCGAAACUAAGUGUUGCCAGCCGUCAAGACGACUCGUCCCCACAAGAGCGCCCGCAGUUCAUCCACGGUCUGCGCGACGUGACCGCCGAGGAGGGCCAGCCCUUCAGCAUCAGUGCGCCGUUCGUUGGCAACCCCAUCCCUGAAGUUACUUGGAUGAAGGACGGAGUGCCUUUGAAGCCUAGUGAAAAGAUACAGCUAACUUGCGAUGGGAAACGUGUUGGCCUGGAGAUCACACCUAUGGACAUCCCCGACGCCGGCGUAUAUUCCGUGAAACUCGUGAACCCUCUGGGCGAAGACACCACGCAGGGCAAAAUCGAUGUCCGCAAGGUCUACCAACCGCCUAGGUUCUCGCAGAAGUUUACCGACCUGCAACAGCUCCCAACCUUCGACGCGAAAUUCCCCGCGCGCGUGACCGGCGUUCCAGCCCCCGACAUCACCUGGUACAAGAACGGAUCUCCCAUCUACGAAUCCGAGAAAUACCACAUGAAGCGUGAUGGUGAUGCUUGCUGCCUCUAUGUGAGGAAUCUGGAGCUGGGUGAUUCCGGGACGUUCAAAUGUGUUGCGAAGAACAGGGAGGGAGAGGCUUCAUGUGAAGCUGCUCUUGAAGUUGUGGACAAGAUUGGCAAAAGGCAAAAGAUUGAACCACCAGCGUUCUUAAAGAAGAUCGGCGACUGCGAAGUAUACCGCGGCAUGGGCGCCAAGUUCACCGCCUGUGCCACGGGCACUCCAGAUCCUGACGUCGAAUGGUUCCGUAAUGAUGAAAAGCUGUUCCCUUGCGAGCGUAUCCGUAUGGACAAGGAAAGCACAGGCCUUCUACGGUUGACCAUCAGCGGUAUCGACCCGAGCGACGUGGGCACUUACAAGUGUCGUAUUUUCAACCCUCAUGGAGAGGCCUCUUGUACCGCCCAGCUCUCUUAUGACACCUUGGAGCCUCGUCAGAGCAAGAAGCCUAUCUCCGACCAGUACUCGGACUUCGACAAGAUGAAAAAGACUGGUGUACCCAUGCCACUGGCUGAUAAACCGAUUAUUUCUCGUAUGACUGACCGAAGAUUGACGUUGUCAUGGAAGCCAUCUAUCCCGCACGGACCGCGUUUCCCUGUCACUUAUCAGGUGGAAAUGUGCGAGCAGCCCGACGGCGACUGGUUCACCGCUCGCACCGGCCUCCGCUCCUGCGUCUGCGACAUCAGCAACCUCGAGCCCUUCCGCGACUACAAGUUCAGGAUCCGGGUCGAAAACAAAUAUGGCAUCUCCGAUCCUUCACCCUACGCUAUCACCUAUCGCGCUAAACUGGAACCUGACCCACCUAAGUUCAUUCCUUAUCUUGAACCUGGCAUUGAUUUUAGACCAGAGACUUCUCCAUACUUCCCUAAGGACUUUGAUAUUGAAAGACCUCCGCAUGACGGUUAUGCUCAAGCACCACGAUUCCUUAGACAGGAACAUGAUUCCCAGUAUGGUGUGAAGGGACAUAAUGUUAAUCUGUUCUGGUUCGUGUAUGGGUAUCCGAAGCCGACGAUGACGUAUUACUUCAAUGAUGAACCGAUUGAGAUUGGAGGACGGUUCGAUUGGAGCUACACGAGGAAUGGGCAGGCUACGCUGUUUAUCAACAAGAUGCUUGAACGCGACGAGGGCUAUUACGAAGCCGUGGCCACCAACGAGCAUGGCCAAACCCGCCAGCGAGUCCGUCUCCAACUGGCCGAGUACCCCACCUUCAUCAAACGUCCCGAAGAAACUGUUGCGCUGCAACGCCGCAGUGCCAGGAUCGAGGCUAGGGUCACUGGAGUGCCUUACCCUGAGAUCAAGUGGUAUAAGGACUGGCAGCCGCUCGCAGAAAGUUCUAGGAUCAAGAUGAAAUUCAUCGAGCCCGACACCACGAUCCUGGUGAUCAACGACGUGAUCCUGAAAGACGAGGGUCUGUACUCCAUAUCCGCGCGCAACGUGGCUGGUUCCGUCAGUUCAUCCGCCAUGCUACACGUUGAAGAGGAGGAGCAUGAAUAUUCUAACAGGAUCCGCGAGCACCCGCCCCGCAUCAAGCCGUCGACCAAACCGUUCGGAGACUUCUACGACCUCGGAGACGAACUGGGUCGCGGCGUACAAGGCGUCGUAUACCAUGCCGCUGAGAGACUCACGGGUCGCAACUACGCCGCCAAGAUCAUGCACGGCCACUCCGCCCUGAAGCCGUUCAUGAAGAACGAGCUCGAGAUUAUGAACCAACUCAACGAUAUCCACCUCAUCCGUCUUCACGAUGCUUAUGAACACGACCACACACUGGCGCUGGUUACCGAGUUGGCCGGAGGCGGCGAACUCGUCAGAGACAGACUGCUUCGCAGCACUGGUUACACGGAGAGCGACAUCGCCGGCUACAUCAGGCAGCUGCUCAGAGGACUCAAGUAUAUGCACGAUAACAGCAUCGCUCACUUGGGUCUUACGAUUGGAGAGCUCCUUUUGUCUCACGUUGGUUCCGACCAGCUGAAGAUCUGCGACUUUGGCCUCUCGCGUAAAAUCAUGUUCAACAAGCUGGCUUCGCUGGAUUAUGGCUUCCCUGAAUACGUUGCACCUGAGGUCGCCAGCGGUGAAGGCGUCUCAUACAACGCCGACAUGUGGAGCGUCGGCAUCAUCACCUACAUCCUGCUGAGCGGACACUCUCCCUUCCGAGGAAUUAACGAUCGGGAAACCCUCAUCAGGAUCCGGGAUGGGAAGUGGGACUGGCAUGAUGAGGAGUGGUGGUCGAGACUUAGCCUGGAAUGCCGAGACUUCAUCUCAAAGCUGCUGGUAUACCGCUGGGAGGACAGGAUGGACGUAAACGCGGCCCUGAACCACCCCUGGCUGACCGGAGCCGACAGGAUCCGAUCGGACGAGUACAUCAUCAGCACGGAUCGGCUGAGGAACUACUACAACUUAUACAGAGACUGGACCAGCAACGCUCAAUGCCGCAACUGGUUCAGACGUAAGCCUCUAAGUGGUGCCUUCGAACAUCCGUCCAAGAUGGUCUACCCGCCCGGAGAGAUCUACACACCUGAAGGCACGCCGGAGCGCUCGUCGCGCGACCGCGGCGGCAGCCCGUGGGACCUCAAGUUCAAGCAGUGGGAACAUCCCGACUGGGAGGUCACCGCCACUUCCGAGAGCCAUUACCAGAAUGGGCCAGACACAUACCUGCUGCAGCUGCGUGACGUCAGCUUCCCGGUUCGUCUACGCGAGUACAUGAAGGUCGCCUGCAACCGCUCCGUUGCGUACAAUCUCAGCGUCAACGACUCUUACGAUCCUAGGACACCCAUUAUCCGCGAGCGCCGUCGCUUCACCGACAUCAUGGACGAGGAGAUCGACGACGAGCGCCGCGAGCGCAUCAACAACUACGGCACCGAGUCCUACACCAUCCGACGACUCCGACACGAGCUCGGCACGAGACUCGACAGCUAUGCGGAGGCCCAGGCCUUCAUGGAGUCCAAGAAGGACGGACAACUGCCGUUCUUUAGGGAGAAACCGCAAAUAUUACCCAUCAGGGAGGGUGAACCUGCACAGUUCUCGUGCUUCGCCGUCGGUGACCCGAAGCCAAGCGUCCAAUGGUUCAAAAACGACAUGGUCAUCGCCGAAGGCAACCGCAUCAAGAUCGAGCAGGACGAGGAGGGACGCUCCACCAUCAAGUUCGAGCCCGCCAUGCACCACGAUAUCGGCUUCUAUAAGGUUGUCGCUAGAAAUAAAGUUGGACAGACAGUCGCAAGGACCAGAAUCGUUGAAGCGACAACGCCCGAUGCUCCCGACAGUCCUACAGCAGCUGAUGUUUCAGACACCGAGGUCCUACUCCGAUGGAAGCAGCCUAAAUACGACGGAAACUCUGCAGUAAUUUGCUACAAUUUACAGUAUAAGGAGGGCGACAGUAUUGAGUGGCAUGACGUAGCUUCCAACAUAGACCACGAAUUCUACGUCGUCAGAGACCUAAAACCGAAUACCAGCUACCAAUUCCGUUUGGCAUCUAAAAAUAGAAUCGGCUGGAGCGACAAGGGAAUUCCGACCAACUUAGUCAAGACUAUGGAAGCUGGCGCACCUAAAAUCGAAAUCACAAAAGCCAUGAGGCAUUUACAGCAAAUCACAGAGUCCGGAGAAGAAGUUGUUUUGGAUGAAGAUAGGCCUAAGCUCAAUUACGAAACUGAAGAGAAUCCUAUCGAAUGGGAAUCCUCAGACAACUUCACUGAACGCUACAGCUUCAUAUCUGAACUCUGGCGCGGAAAGUUCUCAAUCGUAGUCAAAGGUGUCGACAAACGCAACGACAGCGUAGUAGUAUCAAAAAUCUUAGAAUACAAACCAGAAACAGAGGUCCUAAUUAAGAGGGAAUUCGAAUGCCUAAGACGAUUAAGGCAUGAAAGAAUAUCGAACCUUAUAGCCGCUUACCAAGCGCCUGGCUCGCCUGUAGCGGCUUUCAUUAUGGAGAAACUCCAAGGCGCUGAUAUCCUCACCUACUUAUCUAGCAGACACGAUUAUUCUGAACAGAUGGUAGCGACAAUAGUCACUCAGAUUCUCGACGGUCUUCAGUACUUGCACUGGAGGGGCUACUGCCACUUGGACCUUCAGCCUGACAACGUAGUCAUGGCGUCAGUCAGAUCCAUCCAGGUGAAAUUGAUCGAUUUUGGCUCAGCACAUAAAGUCACGAAGCUUGGUACGAGCGUGCCGCAGGUCGGAGAUUUGGAUUACAAAGCCCCCGAGAUCGUCACGGACGAGCCCGCGUUCCCGCAGACCGACAUCUGGUCCCUCGGCGUCCUGGCGUACGUCCUGCUGUCCGGAGUGUCGCCGUUCCGAGGGGUCGACGACGCGGAGACUAAACAGAACAUCGCCUUCGUGCGGUACCGGUUUGAGCAUCUAUACAAGGAGAUCACACAGGAGGCGACCAGGUUCCUAAUGUUCCUGUUCAAGAAGGUCCCGCUAAAGAGACCAACGGCUGAGGAAUGCCACGAGCACCGAUGGUUGACACAGUCAGACUUCAUGAACAAGAAGCGCGAGAGAGCAGUCUUCUUAGGCAACAGACUAAAGGAAUUCUCCGACCGAUACCACGAGAGAAAAGCCGCCGAAGCGGCUCAAGUGGAUAUGUCUGCCACCGUGUCCUCCGCCUUCGGGCAGGCGCGGCGGCUCAUGCGGUCCAACAGCAUCCAAGAAGAGUUGCAGACCAACUUCCAGAGCCACUAGGGCAUCAACUUCAGUCUGUACUGUUAAGGCUGGCGGUCAAAGGAAAACCGAUCAUAUAUCAAGUCACAUGAUGUAAGAAGUUGCGUGACUCACAGCGAGAUUUAGGAUUUACUUAAUAUGUAAAAAUGAUCUUUUAAUAUUUUGAACGCCAAUGGCAACGAAUGGCAUUAGCCUUAACAGUACAAUGUUAAGAAACCGGUUGAGAAACAAUAUCAAAUCAAAUUAAUCUACUGUGAAUCAUUGAAAAGGCUUCAAAAUGCAGGUGUAAGUCCCGAUGUCCCUUUAAUAGGACAAAAUCAAAUGGAAUUUUGAACAAUAAUGGAAUAAAAGAAGGUUCCACAUUCAAAACUGCAAAUGACUGGAACUUAGGAGGAUAAAUCUAGAAAACGAGGGUUUGGUGUUGUUUUUCAGCCUCUGUAUUUAAUUUUUACGCCUACCAAAAUUACCCCAAAAUAUCCCUCCAUAGGCUGAAACGGUAAACUCAUACUCGGAGUACGAAUAAAAUUUGACAUAACCUAUUCGGACUUUUCUAAUCAGGGUUGCCAGAAAGGGGUUUAACGUGAUAUUUCCAAGUGUCAUUCAUCAUCAUCAUCAAAAAGUCUAGUCAUGAAGGAGUUUUGUUACGGCAGUUUUGUUACUUUGUUAAGCUAUUUAUUGUAUACAAUUUUUACUAUUUAUUAUAUUUAUACUAAUUCGUAUGGUGCUCCAGUAUUAAUGUGAUUAAUAAAGGGCAUUCAUUUGC